UAAGCGGGUCCCAGAGGCGAGGCCUGGGAAAGAGAGGUGGGGUUAGGGGGAGGGGGUGGGAGAGCGGGGUUGCGCAGCGCUGGCGGCACACGGGGCCGACCGGUUUCUCGUGCGGGGCUGCCAGGGGCUGCUCGCCUUCCCCCAAGAAGAUGCAGCGCAGCAUAUUUUGCACAUGAGUUCAGAGGAAGAGGAAGUGUAGCAGGCGGACGCGCGGCGGCGGAGGCAGCGGAGGCGGCGGCGCGGGGUGGAGUGGGGGCGGCGGGGCUGGAAACGGAGCGCGCAGGGCGCAGCGAGCGGGAGCGCGGCGGCCACUGGCUCCGGGGAGGUACCUGCUCGGCCAGCGCCGGAGGGACCGACGACACGCGAGCGGCCGCGCCCCGCGCUCUGCCCCCACCCCCGGGGCCGCGUCGUCCGCGCGCCGCCCUGCUCUGCAUGGCACAAACUUUCAUCCCGGGACGCAGCACGCUGUCUCCGGGAGCCCGCGCCAGGUCAACGCUGCUGGUCCCCUAAGACAGCUGUCGAGAUGGGUUGCAGUCUGAACAAGCUGGAGAAACGUGAAGAGAAGCGGCCUGGGAACAUUUACUCAACGCUGAAGAGACCUCAGGUGGAGACGAAGGUAGACGUGGCCUAUGAGUACUGCUUUCUAGAGUUCACCACACUGACUGCCGAGGAGCUGCCGAGAUCCUCCGCCACAAGGUUAGCCUCUCUGCGGGACCUGCCUGAUCAGCUCCUGGAGCUCUACCAGCGAGGCUUCUCCCUGGCUGCCCUGCACCCCUUUGUGCAGCCAACACAAAGGCAAGAGAAGAUCCUCCUUGAGCACAUCUUUAGGGCCAUCCUGGUCAAGAGAACCAACAGGUCUCAGAAGGCCGAGCUUCACCAUGAAGGCUACAUCUUGGAAUUGGAUCACUGCUCCUCCUUGGAGCACCUGGCAGACCAGAAGCUCAUCCCAGAGUUCAUUAAGAAGGUGCAGGAGGCCGCAAGUCAGGGCUUGAAGUUUGUUAGUGUGGUGCCUCAGUACCAGUCCUCUGUGAGCUCAGCAAGCAGCAGGCGUUUCGUGCCUGUCGCCAACAGUGUUGAAGAUGCCAGGGAUGUGAAAUACACCUUUGGGGACCAUUCAUCCUUGGAAAAUGAUACUCCAAAGGCUGCAGAUAUCGAUGUUGCCACUGCAGGAGUGAACCGAAGACCAGAGCCCACCCCAGGAUCCGCAGGAGAGGUGCCCAGUGCCCAGCAACCUGGCAUUCCCUCUCCCUCAGAAGAGAACGAGGCUGGCAAGUUUCCACCGCGGGGUUUGAGGCCAGUACUGGAUGGAUCAGAGGGUGACCCCUCAAAGGGGCAUGAAGAGCUGCCCUCCAGGAAGAUGGAGAUCUUCGCCUUUUUCAACAGACCGAAGAGCCAGCAGAAAUGUCGACAGUAUUACCCCGUCACCAUCCCCCUCCAGGUCUCCAAGAACGGCCAUACAGUGAGCAGUCUGGACGCCAGCUGGCUGGAGCACAUGAGUGACCAUUUCCGGAAAGGCGGUGUGCUGGUGAACGCUGUCUUCCAGCUUGGCAUGGCCAAUGAUUCCUUCUAUGGCCUGACAGAUGGAGUAUUCAUCUUUGAAGCUGUUUCCACAGAAGAUAGCAAAACCACACAGGGCUAUGACGCUAUUGUUGUGGAACAAUGGACAGUCCUGGAAGGUACAGAGGUGCAGACCGACUACAUGCCCCUGCUGAACUCUCUGGCAGCCUACGGAUGGCAGCUCACCUGUGUGCUGCCAACACCCAUACUCAAGACUACCAGGGAAGGGCACGUGUCCACCAAGCAGAUUGUGUUUCUUCAGAGACCAUGUCUACCUCAGAAAACCAAGAAGAGGGAAUCUAAGUUCCAGUGGCGGUUCUCCCGGAGUGAGAUCCACAGCAGGCAGACAAGGAAAUCCAAAGGGAAACCCAGUGCCAGUGACAAGCAGGAAGCCGAAGAGAACGAGAAGAAUCUGGAAGACCAGUUCUCCAAGGCUGGAGAUGCGGGAAACUGUGUGCUGGGGGCACAGCAAUGGGGCAGAGCCUCUGAGGUCAGGGAGCAAGGGCGGGCCUCAGAAGCUGUGCAGAAUGGCCCUGCUGGCCACAACAGGGACUCGGUGGCCCAUAGGCACUCGAAUCCCAGAGCAGAGGCUGAGCUUGGGGCAGGCCCUGCUCCAACAGAAGCAAACUGAGUCCAUGGUUAGUGCUAGGCCUGCAUUGUAGCUGCAGACCUUGGGAAGCUUGCUGGUAGCUGGUUUGGUCUGUGUUACGCUUUGGCUUGACUUCCCACUGUUAGCUCAGUGGUCCUGUGAGGGCGGGUCUCUGAUGGUGUUGUUUUCUGCUCAUCCACUGGAAAGCUGUCUUAAUGAUCCACUUAUAUUAGAGUGCAAGGCUGGGCUGUGCCUCCUAGACCUCAGGGCUGGAGGCCUGGCUCUCAUCUGCCUCUUCCACAAGGGAGGGCACCUUCUGGGACAACUUCUGGGACAUCCUUCGCUACAAACCAAGGUUUUUCUGCUCACUCCUACCUGCUGCUUCUCUGGGCAAGAACUUAGUGACUUUAAGCCUGCAGCCUGCCGGCUGGCCUUCCCCGCCUGAGCUUGGAGACCCUGCUGUUGUGGAAGGCAGCGAUGUUGGAGAAGAGGAGGUACCCAAGCCUCCUGACUGUCUUAAGGUAGUUCUAUAGAUACUGGUGAUCUGGAAAGAGACAGGCAAUUCGCUAUGCCCUGGCUCUUACAGAAUGUUCCAGAAAGUAUUCUGUGUUAAUAUUAAUGCCAAAAAAUACUGUUUUUUAAAUUUUGUCUUCAACACAUAUAUGAAUAUGUUAUCACUUGAGCAGUUGGUAACUGGGUGCCCUUGUGUGCUGUUUUUGUUGGCGUGUCACUGACUGAGUUGUAUGCUGUGCCUGUCACAUGUUUAUACUGUCCAUAAAGUGUUGUUAAGGCUUUAAGUAGAAGCAUCAGACAAACCAUGGAGAGAGAACACCAGUUGUCUCGAUGGAAACAGCCCUGUCUCUUUCUUGUUUAGUUAUUUAAAGCAAUAAACGACCUGAGUUUAGUGCGUAGUGAGAAGUGAGUAUUUACUGUGUCAUGGCAGAGGCCCUGGACUCAACCCCUACCCCCAGUGAUGAUUCCAUUUCUACUUCCUGCCAGUGUGGUAGACCCUGACAAACAGCAGAGCUACCUAAACACACUAGGGCUUCAAGCUUUGCUAAAAAGAAGUGGAGAGUGAAUUCAGAUGCCAUCCAGUGAGCGAGAGGUCGGUUCAGGCGUGUGGUUUCUAAAGUUUCACAUAAGUUAUCUAAUGAGGAAAAUCAUUUUCACUUCACUUGCAAGCUCAUUGAAAGAAAACCUGUAAACCUGUGUAGUAGGCAGAACGGCAAAGCCUUGUGCGGUCAUAUCUUUUUAAGUGUUAAUUUUAUGUGUAUGGGUAUUUUCUGCAUGUAUGUCUGUGUACCAGUUUCAUGCCUGAAGCCUGCUGAUGUCAGAGAAGGGUGUCAGAUCCCUGGAGCUUGGGGGGACUGAUGCUUGGCAGCCUCCCAGGCCGGACGGCUUCAGCCACUCAGCUUUGGCUAUAUGCUUCAAUAAGUAACAUUUAUAUUUUAUUUGCUGUGGGGGAAAUUUUUAAAAUUCAUUUGGGAUGUUGCGCCAGUAUCAGGCUAACAAACGAUACUGGGACAUCUUCGGGGGUCUCUCUUAUUUUUUUCUCCCUUGUACCCUGUUAAUUGUAUCGCAGAAGUUAUCAAGCUAGCUGAUCAUUGGAAAAACUAGAACAGUUAACAAAAACAGAAAUCAUAUUGAACAUAUACAUGAAUAUCAUUCUAUAGGCCAGUGUCACUAAAAUGUGAUUAUGCCACAAAACAAGAUAGAGGAUCAUCCCUUUCCAUCCAUGGACUCUGUGUUUAACAUAGGUAAAAUUAUCUGUUCUUUUUCUUCAGUUUUUCUCUACAUGUAACAUUUCUAAGUUUAUUAAUUCAGAAUUAUAGAAAACUUAAAAACCUUUAAUCACAUGCAAGAAUAAACUUAUCAGGUGUGUUUUCAUAAUUUUUAAAUUAAAAUAUAAUUAUAUUACUCUCCA